AUGUCGAAUUUGACAAAGCUCGAAAUUAAUGCCCUGGAUAUUACGGGAAAUAAUUAUAUGACCUGGGCAGUAGGUGCAAGAAUGCACCUAAGAGGUAGCGGGCUUUUGGAAAUCAUCGAUAAUACUAAAACGGUGUCGGAUGAGAAAAAGGCUAAAGCCAUGAUAUUUUUACGACACCACAUACAUGAUGGUUUAAAAGAUGAAUAUAUUACGAAAGAGGAUCCUGGAGACCUCUGGCAAUCUCUUAAAGAGAGGUUUGAUCACCAGAAGUAUGUGAUCUUACCAAAAGCCAAACACGAGUGGAUCCAUCUCCGGUUCCAGGACUACAAAAGUGUAAGUGAGUUUAAUUCCGCUAUGUUCGGAAUUACUUCAAGGAUGAUGUUAUGUGGAGAGAAAAUAAGUGAUUAUGAUAUGAUCGAGAAAAAUAAAGAAGUGGACAUCGAAUAUGUACGGUCAUGCGACAAUCCGGCCGACUUGUUCACCAAAGCUCUUCCGACUACAACAUUCCGAAAGCACGUUAAUGGUAUCGGGAUGCGGCGUUUGCGUGACCUAUGA